AUGGAUAACUCUGAAGAAACAAAUAUAUUAAUUACAACUAACAAUGUUAGUGAGCCAUUUAACUUAUUAGAAUAUCCAAAAGCUGACACUGAACUCGUAAAGUAUCAUCGCGAUAAAAUGUUCAGAGAAAUGGAAAUACAAAAUUUGGUUACAAAAUUUAACCUACUUGGAGACUUAAUUCGGAUGGCUGAAAAUGCCUCAAUUAACCAAACGGAAAUUCAUUUAAAAGUCCGCGAAGUUGGUCACAAGGUUCUUCGUUUAUGCGGUGAUACCUGUGUCGCAAUUCAAGCUUUCGAAACUGCAUCGGAUCAAGUUUUAGAAAGCCUUCAAACAGCCUAUGACUAUUUACUCAAUGCUUGUGAAGAUGAAGCAAUUAUUAAUAUUCAAAGCAUCGAUAAGACUGCGGAGGCAAUGCAAAAUAUUGCAGAAGAUUUGAAAAAAUCUGCUGAAGAAGCAGGAAAAGAUGCUCGUUUGGCCGCUGGAGAUACUUUGAAAGCUGAAGAAAAUCAAAAAAUUCAUAGAAUACGUACUGAAACGGAGCAGAAAAUUGAAGUCCUCAAAGAUUUAAGAAGGGACAAGGAGUUAGCUCAUGAAGAGAAAAUGAAACAUCUUAAAGAACGUGAAAAGAACAUUGCUCGACAAAUGGAAACCAUGGAAAACAUUAAGAAAUUGGCCGAAGAAGCACAAAUAUUUAAAGAUGACAUUAGCAACCAAAUUACUAAAGC